AUGAAUGUUAAUAAAUGUUAUUUUAGACACAUUCCAGAUGAAGAUAAGAUAGAUAUAUCAUUUCUGCUGCAAAUUAAAGAGAGUAUACGGCAAUUCAAUUUAAGCCGAAAAUCGAGUGAACAUAUUGAAAGUUUAUGUGCUCGUAUUGGUACAAAUGUUCAAAAAGUUGUUAAUAAAAAAUCAAAGAAAAAAGAUGGUAAAGAAGAUAUAACCGUUGUAGUUAAAAUAUUCGAUGACAAAAAUAAUUUGCUCCCUGAGAAAUAUACAUGCCUUGAGCUAUUUCAAUUGGAAGGUCCUCUUAAGGUUAAAAUCAAUGACCAUAUCUAUGAUAUUGUAUUUAAUUCACCUUGGAUAGUAAAUUUUAACUUGCCCAGAAGCAUAUUAGUCGGGUUCCCUGUGUAUCCAGAAAAUCUGGAGACAUGUUAUUCUGAUAAAAAAUUGAGUGUAUUCAAUUGGUAUAGAGGCCUUGUGGUUAAUGAUAAAGGAAACAUUAUAAUAGAUAAUCACAUUGACUGGAAAUUUAUUAAAAGUUCUUUUUAUUAUACACCAAUUUCUGAUGAUAUUAAAAUGAAAUUAAAGCUGGAAUGCAUUCCAAAGAAUACUGUUGCUUCAGGGCCAAGUGUUGCAGUUAUAACAAAAAACAAAGUAGAGGCAGGUCCGGGACCUUGUCCUUUUGAAACUAGGCACUUAUUUACUGAAAAGAAAUUGAAAAAUAAAAGUUUUCGAUGUGUGACAUAUAAUAUAUUGGCAGAUUUAUAUUGUGACUCUGACUACACAAGAGCAGUACUACAUCCUUACUGCCCUCCUUAUGCCUUGGAGAUAGAUUAUAGAAAACAGCUUGUAUUGAAAGAACUUAUUGGAUAUAAUGCUGAUAUAAUAUGUUUACAAGAGGUAGAUAUAAAAGUUUUCAAUUACUCAUUAAGUUCCUUCCUCGAGACUGAUGGUUUGAAAGGCUUAUUUUAUAAAAAAGGAAAAUUAGUUGCAGAAGGCUUAGCAUGCUUUUAUAGAGAAGAUAGAUUCAGGUGUAUAGAGGAUGAAGAAAUAUUACUGUCCAGUGCUAUACAAACAGAAUCUUAUUUGAAAAGCAUAUGGGAUGCCAUUAAACAUAAUGAAAAAUUAUGCGUCAGAUUACUAGAUAGAUCAACAGUGGCCAGUGCAACAAUUUUACAAUCAUGUGACAAUGAAAACGAGAUAGUUGUUGUCGGAAACACACAUUUGUAUUUUCAUCCUGAUGCUGAUCAUAUUCGACUUAUUCAAGGUGGAAUCGUAAUAUACUGGUUAAAUAACAUAGUAACAAAAUUACAAAAAAAGUAUGUGGACAAGAGAAUAUCAACAAUAGUAUGUGGUGACUUUAACAGUGAUCCUUUGUCUGGAAUUUAUAAGUUGUACACAACAGGAUCUGCUCCAAGUACCUUAGCUGAUUGGAAAUCAAAUGAAGAGCAAGCAAUUAGUGGAUUAAGUCUUAAUCAACCCAUUGCACUGGGAAGUGCUUGUGGCACACCACAAUAUACAAACUUUACAGAAGGAUUUGCAGAAUGUCUUGAUUAUAUAUAUUAUGAUAAAAAAAAUCUUGACGUAGAACAGGUGGUUCCAUUUCCAAGCCUGGAAGAAUUGAAAGCUCACACAGCAUUACCUAGCAUAGUAUUUCCAUCUGAUCACAUAGCUGUUGUUUCAGACCUAAGAUUUAAGUCUACUUAA